GCAAGUAUCCUCAAAGCUAAGCACACCUGCACUGUUGAAAAAAAAAUCUAACCCUGAUCCACCCGCAUUCUGAGAGGAGUGGCAAUGCCUUAAGAAAAGGGACUAAUUGUAGUUUAGACUACAUUGAUUGAAGAAUUAUGAGUCAUGACUUUUAGGAACAUUUUCCCAAGACGGCACUUGGACACUGUGGCCAUACAGGAGGUUGUAGUGAAAAUGGGGAUUUUCAUAUUGGCGUUAGUCCUUGGUGUGAGUCUUGCUCAACAUGACCCUCAUAUGAAACAUGGAAGGACGUCCAUAGUUCACUUAUUUGAGUGGCGCUGGGCUGACAUAGCGGAUGAAUGUGAGCGGUACUUAGCACCCAAUGGCUUUGCUGGAGUUCAGAUUUCCCCUCCCAGUGAGAGCAUUGUUCUCCAAAAUCCCUGGAGGCCCUGGUAUGAGAGAUACCAGCCAAUCAGCUACAACUUGUGCUCUCGAUCAGGAACUGAGAAAGAACUGAGAGAUAUGGUCACCAGAUGCAAUAACGUUGGGGUGAAUAUCUACGUCGAUGCAGUUAUCAACCACAUGUGUGGAGCGGGUGGGGGAGAAGGUAAGCAUUCGUCCUGUGGUUCAUACUUUAAUUCCCACAAGAAGGACUUCCCCGCCGUGCCCUACUCCUCCUGGGACUUCAACGAUGGCAAAUGCAAGACCAACAGCGGUGAAAUCGAGAACUACCAUGACAUAUUCCAGGUGCGGGACUGCCGGCUGGUGAGCCUCUUGGACUUGAACCUGCAGAAGGACUAUGUCCGUGACAAGGUGGCGGAGUACAUGAACACACUAAUUGACAUGGGCGUGGCCGGAUUUAGGGUAGACGCCUGCAAGCAUAUGUGGCCUGGAGACCUGCAGGCUGUGUCCAGUCGCCUCCACAACCUCAACACCAGCUGGUUCCCCAACAACUCCAAGCCUUUCAUCUACCAAGAGGUGAUUGACCUUGGUGGAGAACCCAUUACGGCAAGUGAGUAUGCUGGAAUUGGUCGGGUCACAGAGUUCAAGUAUAGUGCCAAACUGGGAACUGUCAUCCGGAAAUGGAAUGGUGAAAAGAUGGCCUAUCUGAGAACCUGGGGUGAAGGAUGGGGAUUCAUGACCUCGGACAAUGCCUUGGUGUUUGUGGACAAUCACGACAACCAGAGGGGCCAUGGAGCCGGGGGUAGCUCAGUUAUCACCUUCUGGGACCCCAGAAUUUACAAAAUGGCUACAGGUUUUAUGCUGGCCCAUCCAUAUGGAGUAACCAGGGUAAUGUCGAGCUUUCGAUGGAAUCGUCAUAUCGUGGAUGGAAAGGACCAGAAUGACUGGAUGGGUCCGCCAAGCUACCCAGACGGUUCUACCAAGCCUGUCCUCAUCAACCCGGACACCACCUGCGGGGACAACUGGGUGUGCGAGCACAGGUGGCGCCAGAUCAGGAACAUGGUCAUUUUCCGUAAUGUUGUCAACAACCAGCCAAUCUCACACUGGUGGGAUAACGGGAGCAACCAGGUUGCUUUUGGCCGUGGAAACCGUGGGUUCAUUGUCUUCAAUAAUGAUGACCGGCACCUUGACAUGACUCUGAACACCAGUCUGUCCGGUGGGACAUACUGUGACAUCAUCUCUGGUCAGAAGGAGGGCAGCCGUUGCAGUGGCAAGCAGGUGACCGUGGACAGCGAUGGGCGUGCUCACUUUAGAAUUAGCAACAUGGAUGAGGACCCGUUCAUUGCCAUACACGUGGACUCCAAAUUGUAAACAAAUCAGCGAUCUCAUUAAAAAAAUGAAACCUUAAA